ACCCUGUCUCCUCUUGAUUCUCCUCUCCUCUAACCUGGCCCAUAGCUUUGUCAAUCCAUACUGGUCACGACCACUUGGCAAGAUGAAGUUUCCACAGAUCUACAACGUCUACGCCAUUUGCGGCUUUGCCGCCCUUGGUGGUAUCCUCUUUGGUUUCGACAUCUCGUCGAUGUCGGGCGCAUUGGGUACCCCAGCUUACAAGAACUACUUCGGUAAUCCCAGCGGUACUCGCCAAGGUGGUAUUACGGCGUCGAUGCCAGCGGGUUCUCUUGUCGGUGCCCUGUCCUCGUCCUUCCUUGCCGAUCGCCUGUCGCGUAGGAACGCUGUUCAGAUCGCCGCGCUCAUCUGGAUUGUUGGCGCUGUCUUCCAGGCCGCCGCCAACGGCGUCGCUCUUCUCUGUGUCGGCCGUGCUGUUGGCGGUUACGCUAUUGGUAUCUGCUCGGCCAUCGUUCCUGUCUACCAAGCAGAAAUCGCUCCCAAGGAGAUUCGAGGACGUGUGGUCUCACUGCAACAAUGGGCCAUCACUUGGGGUAUCCUGAUCCAAUACUUCAUCCAGUACGGCUGCUCUUUCGUCGAUGGUGGAGUCAACAACCCCAACCAGAGCACUUCGGCUUUCAGGAUCCCAUGGGGUAUUCAGGCUGUUCCCGGUGCUAUUCUCUUCGUCGGCUUCUUCUUCUUCCCUCGCUCUCCUCGAUGGCUCGCGUCCAAGGACCGGUGGGAGGAGGCCCUCCAAGUUCUCGCCAACCUUCACGGUGACGGUAACGUCAACCACCCCAAGGUCCUCGCUGAAUACAAGGAAAUCGAAGAGGCCCUCGCCUUUGAGCGUGAAGUUGCCGAGACUAGUUUCGCUGCCCUGGUAAAGCCCCGCAUUGUCAAGCGUGUCGUCCUUGGCAUGUCCAUCCAAAUGUGGUCUCAACUUUGCGGCAUGAACAUCAUGAUGUACUACAUCGUCUUCAUCAUGCGUGGAGCUGGUAUCGCCGACGAACUUCUCACCGCCUCGAUCCAGUACAUCAUCAACGUCGCCAUGACCUUGCCAGCUAUCCUCUACCUCGAUAAGUUUGGUCGUCGUCCAGCUUUGCUUUGUGGAUCAUUUAUGAUGGCUGUCUGGCUCUACACCACCGGUGCCCUCCAAGCUUCUUACGGCAACCCUAAUCCAGACACUACUGACCGUGACAUCUCAUGGGUUGUUCCCCGUGAGCACAGCGCCGUCUCCAAGGGCAUUGUCGCUUGCUCAUACCUCUUCGUCGCCACCUUCGCGACUACCUGGGGUCCUACCUCAUGGACUUACCCGUCUGAGAUCUUUCCCGCCAAGGUCCGUGCGAAGGCUGUCUCUCUCGCUACUGCUGCCAACUGGACCUGGAACUGCAUUCUCGCUUUCGCCGUUCCUCCUCUUCUAUGGUCCAUCAACUGGAAGAUGUACAUGAUCUUCGGUACCUUCAACGCCGUUGCCUUCAUUCACAUGUUCCUGACCGCUCCGGAGACCAAGGGCAAGACUCUUGAGGAGAUGGAUGACGUCUUCGACUCUGGUCUCCCUGCCUGGAAGGCGGGCAAGGUUGAGUCUCGUCUUGACCGUGUUACUCGCGAUAUUGAAGCUGGCAAUAUGAAGGUUGCCCGUCACGGUGUCGAGGACGUCAAUGUCGAGCCUAAGGCCUAGGCUUUAAGCAGCUGUCUCUAGACAUGAGUCGUAUGUAACGACGACUGGUGUUUUUUGCUGCUCUGAUCUAGAUUUCAGGAACUAGAUAGGCAUUUCGCGGUUUAUAUGAAGGGUUUGUGCGUAUUUACACAGCUAAGGAUGGUUGACGACGUGGUCUAUGAAUACGCUUGAGCGACUUUACAACAUCUUACACGGACAGCCACGUAGCGUACUCCACUAAUACAUUCACUGAUCUACCGCUCUCCACAGUUGCGUUUGCUUGAUUACUGGCACUCUCGCCGCGCAA